AUGCGCCUCCUGGCCACAGGCAGGGCGCUGCGCGCCACCAGCAGCAGAUGGGCAAUUGGUAGGAACGUGCGCAUUCCGUUCACGCAUGUCUCGCACAUCUCGGACCCUCUCCGCAGAACCUGGAGCUCAACAACAGCUCUCAGAACCCAAGAAUCUACGAACUCGGAUCAGACGCCGGAUCCUCGGAUCUCCAUAAAGAAGCCAUCUUUAACAAUUGAAGAUAAAUCUUACCCCACAGACCAAUGGACCAACACUCCCGAUACCAUCCUCUCCCACGUCGGAAGACGACUCUACCUCGACGAGAACCACCCUCUCGCUAUCACCCGGAAGCUCAUUGAAAGUCAGUUCCCGGGUCCCGUCUACGGAAACUACCACGAGAAGAGUCCCGUUGUUACGACUGCGCAGAACUUCGAUGUCCUCGGUUUUCCGCUGGACCAUCCUGGUCGUAGCCGCACGGAUACCUACUAUGUCAAUGAGAAGACCGUGUUGAGAACACAUACUAGCGCGCACCAGCAAGCAUACUUUCAACAAAUCAAUCGGAACGAGAAAUCGCGUCCCGAAGAGGUUGGAUACACCGUUGUCGCGGACGUCUAUCGCCGAGAUGCUAUCGACCGCAGCCACUACCCCGUUUUCCAUCAAAUGGAGGGCGCCAUGUUGUGGAAGCGGCCCGACAUUGAGCCAUUAAAGGCUGCGAAGGAAACCGCCGCCGGGAUCACGGACGAUCUCAACCGCAUCCCGACUCACGACGUCGCCGUCGAAGACCCCAACCCCACCAUUCAUGCAGAACGCAACCCACUCCAGGCAGAGCACCACAGCGCGGAGGAAGUCGAAGCCAUCGCGGCGCACCUCAAACGCUCCCUCGAGCGAAUGGUGAUCAAGAUCUUCACCGAAGCCAGCAAAGCCGCCGCCGCCGCCAACGGCAACGACUCUACCGAACAGGAACCGCUGAAGGUUCGCUGGGUAGAGGCCUACUUCCCCUUCACCAGUCCGUCCUGGGAACUCGAAGUCUUCUGGCAAGGCGACUGGCUCGAGAUCCUAGGCUGCGGUGUCAUCAAGCAAGAGCUGCUGAUCAACUCCGACGUGCCCAAUCGCAUCGGAUGGGCCUUCGGUCUCGGCCUCGAGCGCAUCGCCAUGCUCCUCUUCAACAUCCCGGACAUCCGACUCUUCUGGUCCCGCGAUGAGCGCUUCCUCUCCCAGUUCAAGGCCGGCCAUAUCUCCCGCUUCGAGCCCUUCUCCAAACACCCCGCCUGCUACAAGGAUGUCGCAUUCUGGCUUCCUUCUGCGGCCGCUAGCGGCGGUAGCGCUGCCGGCGGCGCCGUGCCAGUCCAUGAGAACGAUAUCAUGGAGAUCGUCCGCGGUGUCGGAGGCGAUCUGGUCGAAGACGUCCGACUUAUUGAUGAAUUCACGCACCCGAAGACAGGCAAAAAGAGCAUGUGCUACCGGAUCAAUUACCGCAGUCUGGAGCGCACCUUGACGAACGAAGAGACUAAUGAUCUCCAUAAUCAGGUGAGGGAGAAGCUUGUUGGCUUGCUGGGCGUUCAAUUGAGGUAA